AUGCCAAGUACACCCUACGAUUACUCACAAAAACUCAAAACAGAAUUCGAACCAGUCCUUCGUUUCUUUGAAGUCAAACCCACUGGCAAUCUCUUCAAAGAUUUAACUCUUCUCGCAGAAGCCAUCGAAGGAGCAAAAAUCGAUGAAAAACUCACAAAAUUCUUCUUUGAUUUCUACGAUCGUGAUGGUAAUGGAACGAUCAGUAGAGACGAAUUAUCUGUACUUGUUCGUGACAUUGGUGAAGCCAUGGGAGAUGAAUCCAUGAAAAAUAUUACGGAUGAACAAUUGGAUGAUGCCAUGGCAAUUUUAGAUGAAGAUGGAUCAGGAGAGAUUGAAUGGAAUGAAUUUAAGAAUUGGUUUGAUGAGUUGAUGCAAAAUGAUGAAGAAGAAAAGUAA